AUGAAGCUACUUGAAAUGUUGAUUAUUCCAAGGAAAUUUAAAUUUUGGUUUGGUGCUUUUUCUUGUUUUAUUAUUUGUACUUUAUCUUUAGACGAAGGAAUUUUCUUCCAGAUCUCAGAACCGGAAAACCUUGCCUAUCUUUAUCAGGAUGCAAGUAUGACAUAUUCUGAUCCACCAGAAGGAUGUGAAGAACUUAGUUCAAAUUAUGGAGAAGUUAUUCUUUUAGAGAGAGGUGGAUGCCCUUUUAUUGAUAAAGUCUUAAAUGCCCAAAAAGCUGGCGCCAAAAUUGCAAUAAUUACUGAUUCUGAAGUUGGGAGUGAUGAUUUUAUUGAUAUGGUUAGCGAUGAUACAAAUAGAAAGGCAAAUAUCUCAUGUGCUUGGUUGCCUGGAAAUUCUGGAAGGCGUAUUAGGCAAUAUUUAUUGUAUACAAAUCCUUCUAUAAAUAUUGAUAUCCCUUUAAACUACACAAACAAACCAUUGAGGGACACGUAUUCAUCGAAACCGCAUUGGUAUAAUUUUUAA